AUGAUACUGUAAUGGCUUCUGAAGGACCGCCACCUCUUUUAACAACGCACGAGUUACUACUAUCAGAAAAUGAACAUUUUAAAAAUGAUAUCGAAACUUUAAAUGCCAAUUUAACUGAAUUAGAGCUAAGACAGAAUGUUGCUCUGAUGACAGAAAGCUUGAGAACACAAGAGGAAAUACAGAAUCUUAAGAAUAUAUGUCAUAGUUUAAGAAUGCAAAUGCACUAUUUAUUGAUAGAAAGGCGAGGUGAUGAACCGUCUGUUCGGAAUGUU